CACAAAAGACCUUAGAAACCCUCCACCAAAUGGAGGAUGGGGACAUCCAUGUCUUAAUUAUAAAAUUCCUAAGGCUACCCUUUUCAUUUAAAAUACCUACCCUUUAACGACCACUCUCCUGUUUUCUAACAUUCAAUCCUUUUGGUCCAAAAUUUUCAGCUAUGGCAGAGUUAGAGAACCCAAGUCUGAUGCCAAAUCUCAUAACAUACUUGUCUUGUCUUCUCCAAAAAGUAGCUGAGUCCAACGAUGUAAACUGCCGGUUCCAGCCUCAGAAAGUUUCAGUCUUUCAUGGUCUAACUCGACCAACUAUCUCAAUUCAAAGUUAUUUGGACAGGAUUUAUAAGUAUGCAAAUUGUAGCCCUUCCUGUUUUAUCGUUGCAUACAUUUACCUUGAUCGGUUUGCUAAAAAAAAACCCACUUUGCCCAUCAAUUCAUUCAAUGUUCAUCGCCUGCUUAUUACAAGUGUCAUGGUUGCUGCCAAGUUCAUGGAUGAUAUAUAUUAUAACAAUGCUUACUAUGCAAAAGUUGGAGGAAUCAGCACAAUAGAAAUGAAUUACCUUGAAAUGGAUUUUUUAUUUGGGUUGGGUUUUCAUUUAAAUGUAGCCCCCAAUACUUUUUACACUUACUUCACUUACCUACAAAGAGAGAUCAUGUUGCAACCACCACCAAGUAUUGCAGAAUCAUCAUUAAGUCUUGAUAGGUCAUUAAAAGUCCACUUAUGUUUCAAUGAAGAAGAAUCCUCUCAUCAAAAUCAACAACAAUUAGCUGUUUAAGGACAGCCUUUGUAGAGGUAGAUGUAGAGAUAGUGACUUUGUUAUAAGCAAUUUAUGCAUCACCUGUGCACUAAAAACCCACAUGUUGGCCUCUCUUUCUUUCUCUUCUUUUAUCAUUUUGUUUGUAUUGUGGUUUCCUUUUUUGGGUUUUUGGAUCUCAAAUUGUUUAUGUAAUGUACAGAUGGGAGUUUCUUCUUUACAGUCUGUCUGGGCUAUAUAUCAAAAAGUGUCAUUAUCAAUCAA